ACUUAAAAUCUUAUCUCCGCUUGACGAAAUAAAUAUAACAGAGAAUANGAUUUUAUCUGAUUCGUUUGGUUGACGUCGAGAGACUGAUUGUUUCCAGAAACCGCAUAGAUGCGAUUUACAAUUCGUACAUAGAGCAAUCUGUCAUUUAUGAACUCGGGAGUGCUUUUUUGUAAAAAAAAAAUCUUUUACUAGUUUACGUGACAGUGUUCUAAUGUUUGGUUCUUAUUUUGGUUUCAAUAAAUAACAAUUACAAUAUAUUACACAUUUUGAAUAGUAAUGUGUAACGAGGCUNCAAAAAUAAAUCGGUCAAAUUAAAGACAGGCCGUAAAUAGAGAACGCAGGAUGUUUAUNCGCAGAAUAAUUCUUCUUCAGUAAUUGUACUAUAAAACUACGUUUCGAUCUAUGGAUUGAAUUGUCUUCGAGCUAAAUAUAGAUAUUUUACGAAAAAAUUUAUUUNCAAUUGUGGGAUUAAAGAAAGUUUGCAAGUUUUUCUCUAUGAGAAUCUGAACUACAAAUUGGACACGAAGUUACAUAGUUGUUACCCAUCCGCUCCGCGGACAAUUAUGUGCAAGUUUAUGUGACGUCUCUAUAAUUACAAAUCAAAUCGCAAAAGUGAGCCACAAACAACACGUCUCGAACAAGGCGUAGUAUGCCGGUAACCAACGGCACGACGACAGAUGCAGCCGCGAUAUCGAUCAAUGUUGUUGAAAAUAAAAAUAGCGCGGUAAGGAAAAAAGUGCAUCAAAUAGAAAAGCGUAACAAACGUAAAAAGGAAGAACCGCUGAACGAAGGGGAUGAGAUCACUCUGGAAGAUUUGGCGCCAGAUGGUGGCUGGGGAUGGAUGAUCGCACUCGGGAUGAUAUUAACUCAAGUCACCAUAAUAGGCCCGCAAUCGUCAUUCGCCAUUCUCUUCGGCGAUUUUCUUGUUGAAUCUGGAAUGGAAGGCAUGGCGUUAGGUCUUUUCAAUGCCGGUUUCAUGAUUACAUGCUCCGUCGCUGGCUUGUUUGCCAACAUGCUAUUGAAGAAAUACUCCGCAAGACCGAUCGGAAUCGUGGGAGCGCUUUUUAUGUCGCUGCCGAAUAUCUUUCUGACUUUCGUCAGAAAUGUGUACGAUAUGGCGUUUCUCUAUUUUUUACAAGGUUUCGGAUUUGGACUCGUCAUACCGACCUGCAAUACAGUUUUUAACUCGUAUUUCGUAAAGAAAAGAGCGAAAGUGACAAACGCGUCGCACGUUAUCAUCGCGUUGGGCGGAAUUAUUUUUCCCCCAUUAACCAGGAAACUGAUGACGAUGUAUGGUGUUCGUGGUACCACGGCGAUCAUAGGAGCGCUGGGUCUCAACACCAUUCCCAGCAUGUUGCUGUUCCAUCCUGUGAUCUGGCACGCCAGACCUUUGAGAGAAAUUCUCGCUGAAAAGCGAGGUUUUGCUUUUUCUCUCGAUAAAGCGCACGAGAAAGAAAAAACAUUUGAAAAAUUUCCGUUAAAUCGUCGCUCGACCAUUGAUAUUAUCCACGUGUCCUUAAAAACCAAGUGGAGCAGUCUUCAUAGUCUCAAGGAAGAAAGAAGCACCGAAACUCCAUUAUUAACCGAAGCUAUUAAAAAAUCAGCGCAGAAGGUUGCGUCGAUCUCAGGGAUCGACUGCGGAUUCCGCGAAAAGGCCGUAACGCAAUUGUCUGUACAAAAGAAUUUGACGCAGUCGACAUCCAGUCUGGUCAAUUUGGUCAAUAUUACGUCACGCGUUGAGGAAUUACGGCGACGUUUCAAAGACGAGACAUUCAAUAAUAAAAAAAGUUAUCUGAAGGAGAUUCUUGACAUGUCGCUGGUGAAAGACUGGGCGUUCAUGAAUUUGAGCUGCGGCGUCAGUUUCGUGCUUACCGCCGACUACGCCUUUUCCUCUCUUCUUCCCAUUAUGAUGACCGACGUGGGAUACUCAAAAGACAACGCCACACUGACCGUUGUCAUUAACGGAAUGGCCGAGAUGAUGUCGAAAAUUCUCUUGGCAGUUUUCUCGUUCGCGGUGAACGUGAAGGCGAGAUACAUAUUUUUUGCGGGCACGAUUUUUAUGGAACUCGCGCGAUUAGGAUUUUUAUUAUUAUACGAUAAUACGUUUGUGGGUGGAGUAAUUAUGACAGCGAUGAUCAGCGCCGUGCGCUCUUUGUUGACGGUUCAACAAUGUUUGGUCAUUAUUGAAGAUAUACGCAUUGAGAAACACGCAUCGGCUUACGGCAUCUUCAUCGUUUUGUCAGGUUUGGUUACAGUGAUCUUCGGAACUCUUGUAGGAUUUAUAAAGGACUGGACAAAUAGCUUCAAGAUUUACCAGGUUUCUCUACUCGUGAUGAAUGCCGUGUUUAUCGUACCUUGGGCUGUGCAAUUUAUCUUGAAAGACUUCAGGAAACGAAGCUCGCCGGAAAGUUUAACACAUUCUUAAUGAAAACUCGAAUUGUUAGGUAAAGAAAAUAACGCUGAAAUAGAACAAAUUGAUCCUUUUGAUUUUUUUUUUUAAGAAUAUGUUUAGUAGUUUUACUAUACAAAAGAUCUCGCAAAGAUCUCGAGUGCACGUUGUAUAUACCGAGUUUUUAUAUAUACUAUAUAUACCUACGCGCAUUGUAUGUAAAUAUACAUUUACAAUUAAAUGUUCAAAUUAUUACACGACUAAAAAUUCUUUGAAAACAUCAAGCAAUACGUAGCUCGUAGAAUAAUAAUUUUGUUAUCGUGUGUUUAUCGAUCGGCAAAUAUAGAUGGAUAAAUAAUGAGUGUACAUU